AUGUCUGGUGCUGAGAUCAUUGGCGUUGCGGCUGCUUCUGAACAAUUUGCCGAAGUGUUGUUCAAGACUAUCAAACUGGUCAAAUCCGUGGUUGAUCAGAUCCAAGAUGCUCCGGACCAAACGCGACGACAAAUUGGACGCCUCGAAAGCUUUGUUUCUCUUAGCAAACAAAUACAAAGCACAAAUGCCUUGCAAACUGAUGACAUUCGGAUGAUAUUAGCUCGGUGCGAAAGUCAUGUAGAAUCAUUGCGAAGUCUUCUGCAGAAACUCGCGUUCGAUCGUAAUGACCCGCUAAGAGAAAAGACAUGGAAAGCUAUCAUCAGUCUGAAAGAAGACGAAAAUGUUGAGAGUCUAUUUAUUUCGCUGGAUCAAGAGUACACCAUACUCAACACCUACAUCAAUCUUUACAACUUGACAGCCAAUAGAAGUAAUGAAGCUGGAAGUGAUUCGAUUAAGGCUACAACCAACACCAUGGCACAAGCCGUUGACUCCGGCACAGACUCUGAGAAAUGUCUUCGGGCUCUCUUCAUCACGGACCCCGCUAUUGAUCGCGCCAGACUUAUCACUUCCAAAGGAGAGCUAGUAUAUGGCACUUGCGACUGGAUUACCCAGAAGAAAGAUUUUAUCGAAUGGAGAGCAUCGGAUGGUGGAUUGCUCUGGGUAUCAGGUGGCCCUGGGCUUGGCAAAACUAUGCUUUCGAUUUACCUUACGGAGUACCUCUCAAGCUGUUUUCGCUCCCACGACGAUGAGGAAAGUCACUAUUCAACCUAUUUUUUCUGCGAUGCGAAAGAAAGUACUAGAAAUAACGCUGUUGCUAUCCUCAGGGGACUUCUUUUCCAACUAGUGCAGCGAAAACAGGAAUUUCUACAGCAUAUCCUUCCGACGUAUCAAAUUCAGAAGGAUCAAUUAUUUGAGCAGAAAUCCUUUGAAGCCCUUUGGAAAUAUUUCCUCAAUAUGGUAAACAGUCUCAGAAUCUCACAAGUGACUUGCAUUAUUGAUGGGUUGGACGAGUGUGACCCAAAAUCACUAGAGCCCCUGCUCAUAAAACUCAGCAAAAUCACAAGCAUGUCACCUCGACUGAAAAUGAUAAUUCUAAGUCGGGAGUAUCCUCAAUGUAUUAAACAUUCAUUAGGCCAAUUUUCGAGAAUUCGGCUAGAUCCAGAUGCAAAGACAGAAGUCAGUGAUGGGCUAGACCAGUACAUCUCGACGCGCGUUGCGGAGUUAUCCAGAAGCAAGGAUUACCCGGAUACGCUGUCAAACUAUGUUAAGGAAGUCCUCAAGGAUAAAUCUGCUGGUACCUAUCUAUGGGUCAGCUUCGUUGUUAAGGAUCUGCAAACCAUGGAGGUAUCUGAGGUGGAAGAGAGCCUAGAACAACUUCCACAGGGACUGGAUGCUCUAUACCAAAGAAUCCUUGAACAGAUCGAACCAACCCGCCGAAGUUCAAGCUUAGAGAUCCUCCGAUGGUGUACAUUUGCAUUUCAACCACUCGAACUUGAUGAACUUGCUGCAGCUCUAGGGAUCCAACCAACCGAGUUCCUAGAUAGAGCAACGGCCCUACGAGGAAAGCUGGCAUACCUCGGCCAUUUUCUAAACACAGCGAACGGCACUGUAACCUUAGUGCACCAAAGUGCUUAUGAUUUUUUGACAAUCCCAUUUUCGAACCCUAAAUCCAUUCCUUGGUUUUCAUUAUGUCAGGUUGAAGCAGAGCACUCGAAAUUGGCAUCGGCAUGCAUCGCCUAUCUUCACCACGCGUAUUCCAACAAUACAGACGCUGAAUACUCAUACUUGAUUGAAAAAACAAUGCCCUUUUUCAGCUACGCAAGAUAUUAUUGGGCCGAUCAUUUUAGCCGUUCCGGUGAGCAAGGCAACAAGGUACUAGACGAAUAUCCAGACUUCUUUUCUAACAAAUCUGAAGUAUGGAAAGCAUGGACUCGAAUGAGUUAUUAUAAAGGAUUUAAACUGGAGGAGAUAGCGGCUAGGCUUGGGUUGACAACUCUCAUGCAGCGAAUUAUCAAAGAACAAGGCACUUGGCUAUAUUUGAAGAACAAAUUCGCCAAAUCAGGCAGGCUUCUUCAAUUAGCCGUUCGCAAUGGACACCUCCCAAUUGUUGAGAUGCUUACCAAUAAGAUGAAUGUCAAUGCCAGAGAUGAAUGCGGCAGCACGGCUCUUCACCAGGCAGCCGAGGAUGGACACCUCCACAUCGUCGAGAUGCUCAUAAAGAAUAAGGCGAAAGUAAAUGCUAAAGAUGACGAUAGAAAAACCCCUCUUUCCUUAGCCGCUAUGGGAGGACACCUAUCCAUCGUCGAGAUGCUUAUUCAAAAUGAUGCGGGUAUUCACAGCACAGAUAUAUGUGGUAGGACGCCACUUCACAUGGCAGCUGAGAAUGGACACCUAUCUAUCGUCGAGAUGCUUUUUAAAAAUGAUGCGGAUAUUCACGGCACUGAUACGUCGGGUAAGACGCCACUUCACAUGGCAGCCGGGGAAGGAUACCUCUCUAUCGUUGAGAUGCUAGUUAAAAAUGAUGCGAAUAUUCACAGCACAGAUAUAUUGGGUAAGACUCCACUUCAUGAAGCUGCAUACCGAGGGCAUCUUCCUAUUGUCAAGAUGCUUAUAAAAAGAGGAGCGCACGUUGAUACCAUCUGUGAGCCGUGUGGAAGCCCCCUGGGUGCCGCUAUGCGACGGGGUUGGCUCGAAGUAGCCGAGUAUCUGCUUACGUGCGGUGCAAGCGUCAAUUCCGCAGAUCCGAGAUACUCUCCUUUGGCCCAGGCGAUUCCUUCUGGGAGACCCGAGCUAGUGAAGCUGCUGCUUGAACGAGGGGCCGACCAUCGCAUCCACGAUGGCGACGGAUUGACGCCGGUGGGGGAGGAGCUUUGCGCCUGUCCCGCAGUAUUGAUGCCAUUCUUGGAGCUUUGGGCUCAGCGUGGUUGCACUGCGCCUGCUCAGUUUCGGGAAAAGGUUGGUUUUGGGAAAACCUCAGCUCUCCACAUGGCAUGCAGAGGUCGAAAUCUGCCUGCAAUGCACUUUCUUUUAGACCCAAAAUGGAGCCUUGAUUUGAAUUGUCGGGACGAGGAUGGAAACACACCUCUCCACUUGGCGGCUGAGGAGGGCCACCUCGAUGCUGUCGAUCUACUCUUGACGCAACCCAGCAUUGACCCCAAAUUGGUGAAUAAACGGGGGUUCAGCUCAUUGCAAAUGGCACUCCUAUACCUUCAAACAGCCGUUGCAAGGCGCAUGCUGAAGGAACCCAAUAUCUCGCUGCCAGAGGCCGACGAAAACUGCACAUGGAGUGCAAUACACCUCGUUAUUCAAAGAGAUAGUUCGACAUAUUGGACAGCCAAGAGAGAAAUCAAGAAAAUGUUACAGUUUCUUAUUAAAGAAAUUGGGGUUGAUCCGCAAUCUCGAACGCCUAAAGCGGAGAACCUUUAUGAUAAGUUGCAUACGGAAGAUUUCUGCAAUGAGACGCCUUUGUCUCUCGCUAUACGACGAGGCUGUGUAUCAGCUGUGAAAUAUUUGCUAGCUCAAUGCAACAUUGACCCUAAUGCCCCCUGCAGAGGUUGUGAUGGCGCAAGUCCUCUGCAUGUCGCUGCGCAGAGUUUAAACACGGUCCUUGUCAGACUCCUCAUCGCAUGGAAAGCUGAUGUUAAUUCUUUGGAUAAAUAUCAGCAAACGCCACUCCACUCCGUGGCCAGCGGAAUAUCAUCUUCACCUAAUGAUCAUUCUCAGAAAUUAAACAUUCGAAUAGGGAAUAUUAUUAUCAAACUUCUCUUGAAAGCUGGAGCGCAAACCUCUACAAAAGAUAUCAACGGCCGCACUCCCCGAGAUUUGUUCGCUUCCGGUAGACAUUUUAGGGAAGCAAGGCACAUAAUGGGCAUUGAGCGUAUGUUUGAUAAGCCCUUUUGGAUCGCCAAGGAUUUCCUUACUUGGGCUAAGGUGUUUCGCUCUGAUGAGCUGUUUUAUGAGAUGGAGGAGUACUUUAAUGGAAGGUCGCGUAUUAAUGUAGAGUCGCAUUCUGAUGGGGAGUCGCAUUCUGAUGGGGAGUCGCAUUCUGAUGGGGAGUCGCAUUCUGAUGGGGAGUCGCAUUCUGAUGGGGAGUUUUAUUCUGAAGAGGAAUAG